AUGGACGAACUGAAGAUAGUCCCCACCAGCGAUGGAGGGAAGCCGGUGUCAGCCAGCCUUUAUGUCGAGCACAUUGCGAAGCAAGCGACACAGAUUCCUGUCUCUUGUGAAGCCACGCAACACAUCGAAGGCGAUGCCUUUCUCGUCGACAAGCAUGGUAGGGUGCGCAAGCUUCCCGUGCCCUCCGACGACCCGAGUGACCCUCUGAGGUUCAGAUGGUGGGAGAAAUACGCCAUUGUCUUUUGCUGUUGCUGGUUUUCCACCAUGGGCCUUUCUCUCGCAAGUGGUUUGGGUAGUAUCUUGACGGUCUUCUUCAAGCUGUACAUCCCCCAAGGGAAAACUCCUAACGAGGUCACCUAUCUCCUUACCGUCCCCGCGCUAUGCAUCGGCCUAGGGAACUACAUCAUUCUCCCUCUGUCGUUGGCCUAUGGCCGACGCCCGAUCUUCCUCCUGUCCGUCAUCGUUCUUCUGGCAGCAACCAUAGCCUCAGCAACGCAAAACAGUUACAAUGGCCACUUGGCCUCGCGUGUGUUUCAAGGCCUCGCAACUGGGGCGUCUGAGUCUCUCCUACCGUUGAUGCUGACAGAGGUGACAUUCUUGCACGAACGCGGCAAGAUAUUCGGGUUGUAUUGGACGGUGAUGAACAUCUUAACCAGCGUCCUGAAUCUGUCGAGCAGCUACGAGACUGCCGCUUUAGGCUGGCGCUGGUAUUAUUGGGUCUUUGUCAUUACCGCAUCGGCUGGCCUCGUCUUCGCGGUCUUUGGUGCCUUCGAGACCCGUUUCAGUCGCCCCGCUGCCAAUAUCGACGGUCGAAUCGUGGUCACUGACGACUUUGGGGUCACACACUUUAUUCCCGACGACCAAGUCCAAGAGUACUACGAUCGUUUGGGCAUUGAAAGCAGCCCGGGGGGGCCUACUCCGUGUGGAGUCGAUGGUACGGCAACCCGCACGACCUACCUCCAGAAACUGAAGCCGUGGUCAACUCCACAUCCUCAGCCGUUGAAGACGAUACUGCUCUCCUGGACUCACAUGCUUCAGGCCAUGACCUCCCCCGGCAUAUUGUACUCAGUAUUGAUCAGUUCUAUUGCUCUGGGCUGCUCUGUGGACCUUUCGCUGUCAUAUGACUCCAUAUUGCAGGGUCAGUACGGCUGGAAACCGCAGAAUAUUGGACUAAUCAAUGUUGGAUCGGUUGUUGGCUCAUUUAUUGGCACCGCGUACUGCACGCUGUUCGGGGAGAAGUUGGUUAUGUGGUUGGCCAAGAGAAACCGUGGUGUGCACCGACCAGAACACCGCCUCGUUGUUCUCGCACUACCCGCAGCGUUGGCUGUGGCCAUGUUGGUCCUCUACGGCUCCGCGGCUGAGGGCGGCUCCUCAUACUGGGGAACAGUAAUCAGCUACUCCCUUUACCAAUCAAGCUUCAUCUGUGUUUUAAUCGUGUCCACCACUUUCGCUGCCGAGGCAAGUUCGAAACAUCCUGGCCCGGCCCUCGUCGUCGUUGUCGGAACCAAAAACAUUGUCUCAUUUGGCGCAACGUAUGGCUUCACGCCGAUGGUCAACGGGGGCGGCUAUUACUGGGCUUAUGGCGUCCUUGCAGGCAUCUUCGGGGCCAUCUCCCUCCUCGGUAUUCCAGUUUAUCUGCUCAACCCCAAGUGGAGAGAUUACAUGACAAAGCGGGAUGAGAAACAUGGUGUGACGAGCUCAGACUGA